AUGGACCCUUGGAAGCCAGCUUCCCAGCCUUUACAGCAGCAUCCAGAAAAACCUGGUCGCAUCCGCCGGCGAAAGACCAGGCGGGAGCGUAAUGAGGCCCUGGUAGGCAGCCGACGGCCCAAGGUCCACCAGGAUCCUCCAGUGGCCAGUCAGGAGCCUGCUGUGACCCAUCGGAAGCCAACUGUGGCCUCCCAGAAUCCUGUAGCCCCUGCUGCCCACAAGCUCGUGGUUAUAACCCAAGGCCGGCUAAGCCGGGAGCACUGGGGUCUUUUCAGCCAUGAGGUUAAAUCGCUGGAUGUGGCACGACUGCUUAGCAGUAGGGCCGUGGAGCCAGAUACCCCCUUACUUCCCACCAAGCCUUCCCCACUCCAGGGCAGCACCCAAGAAUCAUCCCCACAGUUAAGGGGCAAAGAGAACCAGUUGCCUGAAAACCUGUGCCCAGGCCCACCAAGUCCCCCAAAUCUACCUUGCUUGAGUCAGCUUCUUUGGGAGUUGCAGUUCAAGCUGAUUCUGCCUCAGGCCUUCUCCAGGAGGAACCUGGUUCAGGAGGCUAGGGACAUCAUUGUGGGCACUUUACAGGCCUGCCAUGGCCAUGUUCCCGACCUUACCUUGGUCCUACAGGGUCAGCCACACUUGCCAGGUGAGCCCACCUCCUUUCCAUGUACUCCCCUACCCCUCGCCUGCUCUGGUUUAGCUGCCACCCAUACUUCUUUUUCUGUGCCAGAAGUCAAGACCAGGAACCCUGAGAGACGGAAGAUGACACCCUCCUGGAUCAGCAGUGUCAAGAAAGUUCCAGGAGAGGGAUGGAAGAGGAGGCUACAGAGUGUAAAGGAGCCCGCCUUCACCAUGGCACCUGCCUCCAACAGUUCCAUUGCACACAAAGCAAGCCUGGGACCAGCAGUGGGUUCCAGGCCACUCCCUAUACCCUCAGUAACUUCACCAUCUGAGGCAGCCUGGGGUCCCCCAACAGCCUUUGACCUACUGAAAAGCAUCUGGUUGGCAGCCACACCACCCCCUUCCCGACCCUGGGGGAUUGGCCUAUCGCAUCCCAUGCCUCCGCCACCAUCUCCUUUGUUGCUUAGAAGUUCAGCACUAGAGUGGAGCCCCAGUCCUCCUGCCCCACUGCCUAGCCUCUCCUGGGUGGUAGCCCAGAACAGCCCUGAGGCCUGGUCCUUUCCACCCAUGAGACUGUACUGA